GCCUUCUCUCUUUCCUUUCCUUUCCUUUCCUUCCUCUGAUCUCCGGAUCGCUCUCCUUUCUCCCCCUCUCUCUCUGUAAUUCAGAUCUUCCAAAACCUAGGGUCCAGUGUUCUCCAUCGGAAAUUCGAGCUUCUCCGUUUCGUUUUCGGGACUCGAAUCGUUGUCCCGGCGACGGAGGUGUGGGGAGAGAUCGAGUUUCGAGGAGAUCUGGAUGAGCGAGCCGGUGGCCGAAGGCGUAAUCCUGCUUUUGCCGAGCGGAUUUGGGGGAGAAUUGAGGAGGCAUUCACGGUGAACUGGUUUCAGAGGAGCAAAUGCGGCUGAUUUGCGAUUUGCCGCCGGUUGGUUAAAUCUUGAAGCUGUUUGCGGAUCUAACUUCGGGUUUUUUUCUGAUCUGAAUCGGAGGGGAUACGAGGACGAGGGAGACGGCGCGGGCGAUUCUGGUGGUGUGGAAUUUCGUGGUCUUGCAAAGAUGCAGCAAGAUCCGAGGAUGAAGAGCCAAAAAGAGAUGGACUUCUUCACCGAGUAUGGGGAUGUCACCCGAUACAAAAUUGUGGAAAUUAUAGGGAAAGGAAGCUAUGGAGUUGUUUGUGCAGCCAUAGACACACAUACUGGGGAAAAAGUGGCAAUAAAGAAAAUAACUAACAUCUUUGAGCACACAUCUGAUGCUGUUCGAAUCCUGCGUGAGGUGAAAUUGCUCAGACUUUUACGUCAUCCUGAUAUUGUUGAGAUCAAGCGCAUCAUGUUGCCGCCUUCUAGGAGAGACUUUAAAGACAUAUAUGUUGUUUUUGAGCUGAUGGAUUCUGAUCUUCACCAAGUUAUCAAAGCAAAUGAUGAUUUGACGAGUGAUCAUCAUAGGUUUUUCCUCUAUCAGAUGCUACGUGCAUUGAAAUAUAUGCAUACAGCAAAUGUCUACCACCGGGACCUCAAGCCAAAGAAUAUACUGGCAAACGCUAAUUGCAAACUAAAAAUAUGUGAUCUUGGACUAGCAAGAGUUGCAUUUAAUGAUGCACCAACAACAAUAUUUUGGACAGAUUAUGUUGCUACAAGAUGGUAUAGGGCUCCUGAGCUGUGUGGAUCAUUCUUCUCAAAGUAUACACCCGCCAUUGAUAUUUGGAGUAUUGGAUGUAUCUUUGCGGAAGUACUGAUAGGGAAACCCUUGUUUCCUGGUAAAAGUGUUGUUCAUCAGUUAGAUUUGAUAACUGAUCUUCUAGGAACUCCAUCAGCUGAUACCAUUUCUGGAGUUCGGAAUGAAAAGGCAAGGAGAUACUUGUUAGGUAUGCGGAAAAAGCAACCUGUGCCAUUUGCUGAGAAAUUUCCAAAUAUAGAUCCUGUAGCCCUUCAAUUACUGCAAAAGUUAGUAGCAUUUGAUCCAAAGGAUCGACCAACUGCUGAAGAGGCACUGGCUGAUCCUUACUUUAAAGGCUUAUCCAAGGUGGAGAGGGAACCUUCUUGUCAGCCAAUCUCAAAGCUAGAGUUUGAGUUUGAAAGGCGACGCUUGACAAAGGAGGACAUUAGGGAACUCAUAUUUCGAGAGAUUCUAGAAUAUUAUCCCCAUUUGCUUAAAGAUUAUAUAGCUGGAAAUGAAGGCAUAAAUUUUGCCUAUCCAAGUGCUGUAGGUCAAUUCAGAAAGCAAUUCACAUAUCUUGAGGAAAAUGGUGGUCAAAGUGGACCUGUAAUUCCUCCACAGAGGAAGCAUGCCUCAUUGCCUCGGUCUAGUGUUAACUCCAGUACAAUAGCUCCAAAAGAAAAUCCAAAUUUGGCUUCAUAUGGAAGUCAUCAAGGCAGGGAAGUUGCAUUUGAUAGCGUUAGGAUUACCGACAGAACGUCAGGAAGUUUUGUGAAACCAUCACGGCCUCCACCUAUGGUUCCUGCAGCCAAGCCAGGAAGAGUUGUCGGACCAGUUCUACCUUUUGAGAGCAGCAGAGGCACCAAUGGUGCCUGUGACGGAAGAGGAGGAUUUCCCCCGAACGGUAUCAUCCCACCACACUACAUCACAAGGCCCAACCCGGUGAAUCCGCCCAAAUCGGGGCAAGAAGUCGACCACUGCUCUGCCCAAGCCCGACAGCAACCGGCGCAAUGCAGCAACACGGGCCCGUAUUACAAGCCACAAGUCAAAACAGGGCAGCUAAACGAGCAAAUCGCGAUCAAUAUAAAUUUGCUGCAGGAACAAGCGCAUUUGGGCGCGAUAGGUGCUGCUGCUGCUGUUGCUGUCUCUGCGCACAGAGAGGUCGGAGCUGUCUAAUUUGGAUUUGGUAUUUAGAUUUUUGGCUCCAUUUACUAAUGAGCUCUUCCACAUUAUUAAUGUUAGUUGUAUCAGUAUGAAUGAAAAAUAAGCGUUUUCCCCCUCCCCUCCCCUCCUGUUUGCCCGAUUGAUCCAUGUUGAUGAUGUACAUAAAUAGAUUUGUUUGCGACGAACAAAAUCAUAUGAAUAUGGAUGGAUAUUGCUGUAUAGAA